GCGUCAAUUCGGGUUUCAGCCACGUCUGGAGUCUCAGAGGCGAGCUUUUCAGAAGAGCCAAAACAGGAACAGCGGUGGCAAAUCACGGUGCGAGGGCGAGUGGACCUCCCUCUCUGCCUCCUCCCCGCUGCAGGCGCAGGUCCCCUGGGGUCUGCGCUGUUGUCUUCAGCACUCGGGAAAGCCGGCGCUUCUGAUCCAGGCAAGUGAACCAAGGCAGGGAGUUUUCCGUUCAGCACCUCGGACAGAGCACGCAGCAAAAAAAUGGCUCCGAUCGCUACCAGCCGGGAAGAAUUUGAUGAAAUCCCUGCAGUGGUGGGGAUCUUCAGUGCAUUUGGCCUCGUCUUCACAGUCUCUCUCUUUGCAUGGAUUUGCUGUCAGAGAAAAUCAUCGAAAUCGAACAAGACUCCACCAUACAAGUUCGUGCAUGUGCUAAAAGGAGUUGAUAUUUAUCCUGAAAACCUAAAUAGCAAAAAGAAGUUUGGAGGAGAUGACAAACAUGAAGUAAAGAAUAAGCCAGCUGUGCCAAAAAAUUCAUUGCAUCUUGAUCUAGAGAAGAGAGAUCUCAAUGGCAACUUUCCCAAAACAAACCUCAAAGCUGGCACCAUUUCUGAGCCUGAGAAUGGGACCUCAAAGCUCUUUCCAGAAGGAGAAAAAGAAACAGUUUCUCCUGAUAGCUUAAAGUCUAGCACUUCCCUUACUUUAGAAGACAAACAAGAGAAGUUGGGUACUCUUUAUUUCUCCUUAGAGUACAACUUCGAGAAGAAAGCAUUCAUGGUGAACAUCAAGGAGGCCCGUGGGCUGCCAGCCAUGGACGAGCAGUCCAUGACCUCUGACCCGUACAUCAAAAUGACAAUCCUCCCCGAGAAGAAGCAUAAAGUGAAAACCAGAGUGCUGAGAAAGACCUUGGACCCAGCAUUUGAUGAAACCUUCACGUUCUAUGGAAUCCCCUACACCCAGAUUCAGGAGUUGACCUUGCAUUUCACCAUCUUGAGCUUUGACAGAUUUUCAAGAGAUGAUACCAUUGGAGAAGUCCUGAUUCCACUUUCAGGAAUCGAAUUGUCUGAUGGAAAAAUGUUAAUGAACAGAGAGAUCAUCAAAAGAAAUGUUAGGAAGUCUUCAGGACGAGGUGAGUUGUUGAUCUCUCUCUGCUAUCAGUCCACUACAAAUACUCUCACUGUGGUUGUCCUGAAGGCUCGGCAUCUACCUAAAUCUGAUGUGUCUGCACUUUCAGAUCCCUAUGUCAAAGUGAACCUGUAUCAUGCUAAAAAGAGAAUCUCCAAAAAGAAGACUCACGUGAAGAAGUGCACCCCAAAUGCAGUAUUCAAUGAACUAUUUGUCUUUGAUAUUCCUUGUGAGGGUCUUGAAGAUAUAAGUGUGGAAUUUCUGGUUUUGGAUUCUGAAAGGGGGUCCCAAAAUGAGACCAUUGGGCGGUUGGUCUUGGGUGCAUCAGCAGAAGGAACCGGUGGGGAACACUGGAAGGAGAUUUGCGACUUUCCUAGGAGACAGAUUGCCAAGUGGCAUAUGCUCUGUGAUGGUUAGAGACUUAGCUAUGGGUUAGAAUGGAGGGGUUUUUACCAGGCAAGGAGGAUUUUUAUUUCACAAAUGUGAUUGUAAGCUUGUAACAUAGCAAGCUAUUUUUUUGUUGUUGUUUAGAAAUGGAUUGACUUUGUAGACCAGAAAGUAACUAUAAAUGUGCACCAUGAUAAUUUUCCCUUGUAUUAGAGAAGUUGGACAAUUUUCAUAAGAUAUUCAAUUUCCACUACAGAUUAUCAGUGAUAUAAAUAGGGACAGAUUAAGCAUUUAUGACCAUUUUUCAAAGUCCCAGUAAUAUUUCAGAAAUGAAUAUGUCACUGGAAGUCUGAGGGAUUAAGAUUUAAAGAUCAAAAUCAUGCCUUCUCUUAUGAAAAUUAAUCCAUUUUUCUUCAGGUUGGGGCAAUAGUUUUCUUUAAAUCCAAAGAUAAAAAGAAAUGUUCUCAAUUUUUUUUUAUUAUGAUGUCAUGUGCAAAUGGUUGUCUGCAUAUAAAAAUAUUGGAUCAGCUUUCUUUGGUCUGUAAUUAUUUGAUACAAUUUUAUCAUGAGAGAAAAAACAGUCAUUUCAAAAGGACAGUGAAUAGAAUGAGAAAUACUUUUCUCAAAGGGCUGAGCUGAGAACACUGUGGUUGAAAUUUGAUUUUCUCCCCACGAAGGUUACAUGUGAGUCAAAAUGUAAAAUAUAACCUCACAUAAACCCCAUGGCCUUGUAUUUUUUCACUGCCUAAUACAAGUCUCAGUGUGGCCUAAGAAACCUUUGUUUACCUUUGUGAAGUUGUCGAAUUAGCUAGUUGAUAGAAAUACAUUUCAGCUAGAAAUUCAGUUAGGAACACAGUUUUCUUGUAGGAAGUAUGUACAUUGUCCAAGUAUUUCAAGGCCAUCCUUUGUAUGUUGAGUGGGCAUGGCCAUGUGAGUCUUUGUUACGCUCAAGAAACGAGUACACUGUCUAAAAAAGAAAAAAAAAAAGUGAAGAAAGAAAUCCCUUAACAUGUUAUACAUUGCCAAAUUGAAACCUACAAACAAAGACUAAGCAUUAAAUAGUAAAGCUAACAUAAUUUACAUAUGUUCACAACAUAUAUUGGUACUUAGGGCUGUGAAAUUAGCACAAGAAAGUGUGUUUUUCACUAUUUUUUUAGGCUAACUUGUCUUGAGCUACUGUGUAUAAGACAGUUAAGACUUGUAUGUUGUACUGUUUUCCAGUGCCAAGGUUCAUUCAAAGCCUAUUAGAGGAAAGCGGUACCCUGUGAUUAUUUGGAAAGUGUUAACUUAAGGAUGAUAUCACUAUAUUGGAGUUUUUAGAGGAAUAUAAGUAAAACUCGGGUACAGCCGAAUUAUUAAAUAUGCAAGAAUAAAGUCUACUGAAAAAUUUACAUUUCAAGUCAGGUUUUGUGUCAGUACUUUAACGGUUUUUGAGAAUGUGUUUGAUAUCACAGUGUUUGUAAAUUCUAUGAAAAUGCAUUUUCCUAAAACCUUAUACAUGCUUUUUAUGACUAUGCCUAGUGUAACAAAAUGUAUUUCAUUCUAUGUGUACAAAGAUUGAAAAUGAACUUCUUUUUGUGCUUUAUGAUGACUUUGGGAUUAAAAACUGAAUAUUCCCCAGUCAUGGUCUUCAUUCCACUACAAAGUCAUCUCACAUCAUCUUGGUUCGCUCAACAUUUCUGUGAAAGCCUCACAAAUGAACUGCACCCAGUGUGGACUUUGGGAAAGUCAAAUGGCCUUUUUGUGCAUUUAUGCUUGGUACCAUGGGCCAUAGAAAUAAUAUAUUUUGGAACUCUGUGAAGUUACAAGGAGUUGAUUGUAAGCAUCCUACGUAACCGUCAGCAGCUAACGCUGAUACCAGAUGUGCUGUGUUUAUUGGAAAGAGAUGAUUUUGUUUUGUAAAGUGGAACAGCAAAUCCAACCCAUAGUUUUAAAAUUAGAAUGGGUAAUUUGUAAAUAGUUUUUUAGUUUUAAUAUUUCAAGUGUUUUGAUCGUGAAAAGUGAAGUAAAACUAUUUGAAACCAGUUUUAAGAAAAGAGAGGAGAAAAGCAAGAAAGAAAUUAAAACAGGCAGGGAGAUACAUAAUCUCAUCAUUUCUGAAAAUUGUACUGUUUUAUAAUCUAAAACAAUAUCAGUGUGAAUAUCUUGAAUUCUGUUACAAAUCCUGCACUGUAUGGAACGUGUAAAUUAACUGUUUGUUUGAUUAGUCAAUCUGACCACCCUAAUUGGGAGGUAUCUAUGUUUGGAGAACUGUGUAACUCAGUAACCGACUUGUUCUGAUGUUAUAGCUCAAUAGAAGUGACCUGGAAGGAAGCAUGGUGUACAAGAUGGUGUCUGUUCCUUUGUGCCAGCUCUGUAUGAUGUUUGUAAAACCACGUUUGUAAGACAUGAAUAAAACGCUACUUUUACCCAA